UGCUGUUGUGAAGAAGAUGCCGUGCGAUCAGUGCCACGGCACCAACACGAUGAUGCUCUUGCAGCGCGAGCUUGUGGUUUGCGGCGACUGCGAGCACGUGUCGAGCACCAAGAACCCGACGUCGCAGCCGACGUUGGCCAUCUACGAACGGCCCAAGCUCCACAUCUUCCUCUCUUACGGCCACGAUCGCUACCAGCAGCUCGCGAUGCGUCUCAAAGACCAGUUACAAUCCCGCGGACAUUUGGUAUGGGUGGACGUCGAGAAGCUCACGCCAGGAUGCGACUGGGAAGAAGGCAUCGCGAAUGGCUUGACGUGGGCCAAGGAAGCGCAAGAGAACGGGCGGGUCUUGCUGCUCAUGACGCCGCAUGCGCUGCGCCGUCCCGACGGCUACUGCCUCAACGAGAUUGCCCGAGCGACGCAACUCAAGCUCCAUAUCUUUCCCACGCUUGUCUGCGAGAGCGAACCGCCUCCAGCGAUCAACAUGCUGCCGUAUUUUGAUAUGCAAGACUGCGUGCCAUCGCUCGAGAUUGCGCAGACGCUCGACAGCAAGAGCCCCGAGUGGCUUGCGGCCGUCAACUCGCGUUUGAACUCGCCACAGUUCCACGCCAAAUCGCUCCAGCUCUUCUCGCUGCUCGAAAUGGUAGCUGUCAUUUACACUAUUUCCUGUGACAGCAUGACCAAUAACAUGGUGACGGUCGUCGCCGGGGUCGAGAACCUCGGGCUCUUUGAAGCGCACGCCAACAGCACCAAGAUCGGGCACGUUCCGACGUACCGCAAGAUCUUAUCGCCCAAACACGCAAACCCGUCGGAACAGUCGUUCCGGGAGACGCCCAAGCACCGCGGGUCGGGGUAUGUGUUUGUCUUUGACGCCACGAGCGCGCCCUUGGCAAUGAAGCUCCACGCCGACUUGACCGCCGAAGGGUUUCUUAUUCACGCGCACUGUGCGCCGUCGCCGCUGCUGCCCCACGCACGCCGCGACGCCAUCACGUGGGCAGAAACGGGCAAAAUGAUCUUGUUUCUGACGCCACAAAGCGUCGGUCGUCCCCAUGGCGUGUGCUUGAACGAUAUUUCCGCGGCCAUGUCGUCCAACGUGGGCUUUGUCCCGCUCAUGAUUCGGCAGUGCGAAAUCCCGUUGAGCAUUUGCCGCAUCCAGUGGCUCGACCUCUCCGACUGUCUUAUCGACGUCAACGGCGUCAACGGUGUCAACGACGCCAAGUACCCGCAACGGCUCGCACAGAUCGCGACGGCGCUGCGUGGCAAACUCGAUCACGAUGGGCUUCAAGCUCGUCUCUUCAGCAUCUUUUCGCCCUUUUCUUUCCAAAACCAAAUUAGCAAGUACACGCAAGGCUUUGCCGGCCGCGAGUGGGUUUUGCACCAGCUCGACCAAUGGAAGCAAACACACGACCAAGUGUUUUGGAUCACGGGGCAAAUCGGGACGGGCAAAAGCGCGUUGGCCGCGUACAUCAUACAGAGCCGCCCUGAAAUCCGAGCCUUUCAUCUCGUCUGCAAGGAAGACGAACAGACGCAGAGCCACCGCCGGUGCAUCUUGAGCUUGGCGUACCAGCUCACGACGCAGCUACCGGAAUACGCGUCAUUCCUCCAGCAAGGAAGUCCGCUGGAAGAAGUCGUGCCGGUCUCGACCGUUGUCGAGCUCCUCGAUAUCUUGCUCGUCGCGCCAUUGAGUGCGAUUGCCGAGCCAGCAACGACACCCUUGGUCAUCCUUCUUGAUGGCCUCGAUUCGCUCGAAGAUACGCAAGAGACGGACAACUGCCUCGUCUCAGCGCUGCCAGGGCUCUUGCAAAAGCUGCCGUCGUGGGUGCGUGUCAUCUUGACGAGCCGCGAAGAUCCCGUCGUCAUGCGCAAGCUCCAAGGGUUUACGCCCCAAAUUGCGCUCGACAAAUGUGUCGACAACUCUCGGCAAGACAUUAUGAACUACCUCCAGAGGGCGCUCGUCCCCUACCUUCCCAGCGUUCGUCAUCGUCGACGCUGCAGUUCAUUGCGGGGCGCGCCGAAGGUAGAACGCGAUGCAACGACUCAUCGUGACCUGCUUCUGCGCAUAGGACUUUUCUUAUACGCGAGCCACAUUGUCCACGCGUUGUCGCAGCAUCGACUGACGCUCGACCACUUGGAGGGCUUCCCGACCGGCAUGGGCGGCUACUUGCGCCAGUUUUUCGAGAGCCAGUUUACGCCCGAGCACUACAAGGAACACAUUCGGCCGCUCCUAGAGGUGCUCUGCGCUGCGUACGAGCCAUUGACGCUGGACAUGCUCCGCGCGAUCAUGCAGUGGGACUCGUACGUCCAGCAUGAAAUGCUCGCAAGCUUCAAGUCCCUGCUGUACGUCACCGACUCGAACGUGCUCAAGCCGUUCCAUACGUCCGUGCUCGAGUGGCUUCAAGACAGCAACGCAGCCGGGCCCUUCUUUGCCCGCGUCGAGCACGGCCAUGAGCGCAUCGGUCUCUGGGCCUGGAAGGAGUACAGUACGGUACUCAAGGCGACCACGGACGUCUCCAACAUCAACUUUGAGCUCGAGCCAAGCAGCGGGCCCGACGUCGUCGAUCAAAACCGCGGACCGAUCUACAUCAUCCGCCACGCACUCAACCACCUGCGGGAAGCCAACACGGAGGACAGCAUUCGUUGCAUGCAGAAUUUCUCGACCGAUGAAAAGUUUCAGCUCGCACGUCGCCUUAUCACGUUGCGGCAGUCGGGGCUCGAGAGUUUUUUCCACGGCGAUAUGGACCGCGGGGCGUCGCAAGCCGUGCUUUUGCGGGUGGGGACGCCGGGUGCCUUCUUGAUCCGGUACAGUGCCAACCAAAAGAGCUAUUGCGCGUCCUUCAUCGACAAGAUCGUCGAUGGCCAGCCGCAAAUCAAGCACAACGUCAUCUACCACCUCGAAUCCGGUGCGUACUCGGCGGUGCAACCCAAGGACGUUCAGCCAACGACGCCCAUCUUCUCGGAUCUGCUCAGCUUUGUGGAGGCGUAUCAGCGCAAAGGCGUGUUGCGCACGGCCAUUCCCAAAGGUUCGGCGUGAUCACGGCCUCAACUUUAUUUCUGCCUAUCAAAUCGUUCCAAACAAGUAAUACAUAUAUACAGCCUACAAGACUUUGGGGCUGCAAGUCGCUAGAAACAUGUGCAUCGUCGCUAG